AGUCAGUCUCAUAAAAGUCCUGCCUUUGGUUAUUUUAUGGCGGUAGUAUAAUUAAAGUGCAGCUUUGUGUUGUCACCCUCUGGUUAUUGAUUAAGUGGUCCAUGUGAUCAUGACCCGGGGCUGAUCAUUAUUCCACGCCGACGCCCUGGCUUGGCACCUCUGGGUGCAUCAGCUGACAUGUCUCCCAAGAUCAAUCCGAACAGUUAUGCAAUAUCUUUCACCUUAUCGAUUAUUUGGGAUGUGUAGCCAUGCGGCUCAACUUUGCCAGUGUUAACGCAAACCAGAAGACUACAUAUCCCAACAGGCGCAGCGAGCCGUUGCUUCAGUAGUUACACAUGAUUGUAGUUCCACUUGAAAAUCCCGUCAUGAGCCACUUCGUUAAUAAAUAAAUAGUUUGGUGUCAUGGCGGAGUCUGCAGCGUGUCCCGCUUUCCAGCUGGGAAGACCCCGCUACGACCAGGGUUCGUUCCUUGGUCGUCUGAGACACUUUGUAGACAUCAUUGACCCCAGCACCCUGUUUGUGUCCGAGAAACGGCUGAAAGAAUGCAUCCAACUCCUUGAUGACUACAAGCAUGGCUCACUUCCACCUGGAGUGUCCGACCUUCAGCUGUGGGAAGCCCAGAAGAUCAAGCAGGCUAUCAUUCAUCCUGACACAGGAGAGAAGAUCUUCAUGCCAUUUCGAAUGUCAGGUUAUGUGCCAUUUGGAACGCCGAUCGUCAUUGGCCUCCUCCUCCCAAAUCAGACUGUGGUGUCUACCAUUAUAUGGCAGUGGCUGAACCAGAGUCACAACGCCUGUGUGAACUUCGCCAAUCGCAACGCCACAAAGCCAACGCCAACCUCCAAGUUCCUUCAGGGCUAUGUAGGGGCAGUGACCAGCGCUGUCUCCAUAGCAGUGAGUGUGUUUCUAAUAUCAAUAUUGUCUCUGAGUAUGGAGACGGUUUAAUUAAACUUUGUUUAUUCUGAACAUCACCUGCCAAAGGCAGAGCACUAAAUGUAGCCAUGCAGUAAGUACAGAAGUAGUAAUAAUGGAUCUUUAUUCAGUGGAUGGUUCUUUGGGUACAUUAUGUGUUUUUUUGUACAAAUAAUUAUUCUUAUUGUCUCGUUUGAUAGUUGGUGAUUGAAGUGGGACUGUAAAUUAGUCAGUGCUAAGGCAGAUAACCAAUAAAUAUGUAUUUACUGUAAAAAGUGGCUAUCAGACUGUUCAGCUUUUGGAAUAGCUGUAGCAGUUCUGUACUUUUGUACUAAUGCCAGUUCUUGCUACAGUAAAGUUAUGAUCAUAGUUGGUAGUAAAGCUAAUGCUGCACAUACAACAAACUGUUUUACUGGACUGUACUGCAGUAUUUCAUGCAUUUCACAGGAGGUUUUCCUAAAAUUAAAAUGUACUGUGAUUGGUUUUAAUAUUUCCUAAAUAAGAUUUACAACUGAUCUGA